GUUUUCUUUGAACUCUGACCCUUGAGUUUGUGCCUGGUAGGAUCACCUAGGAGUAAUACAAAUGAUAGUAUAUUUGCUGAGUACUGGCUUGUCAUGGCCUUGUUUGCCAAUGUAACAACAGCUACCCCUCCUAUUUGACAGUAUUCGUGGAGAGUAGUGUGCCGGAUAACUCCGCGACGGCUGUAUUAGUGUGUUUUUCGGUGUCACCGGCUUGUGUUUUGCUACUUUGCUAACCAGUUAGCUGCUACGCGCUGUCGUCGCUGAUAACGCUAACUCAAACACAUCCCUUUUCAAGUCGGAAGAACAUCCGCAUUUACAUCAAGUAAAUCUGAUAACCACGUUGUCCGAAAACCGUGGCUCUCACAUUUUAGCGAUGUGCGCACUGCAAAUUAUUUAUUGUAGUGCAACAAACAGUUCGCAAGAACGUCGUAUUUGCAGACUUGUUAACCUGAGCUAGACGAGGUUUUUUAUCACUCUUUGCGUCCGUUAAGAUCAGUGGAGAGUUUUGCUCAAGUUCAUUGGGAAAUCAUUUCGUACGCAGAAGAAGGCAACGUCGCGCGCGGUUUUAGGGCGCCUGCAGAGUUCAGAUUAAUUAUGGCUAAUGUCACGGAUCUGCAGACCAAAUACAGCAGGUUGGCACAGGAGUACUCCAAGCUGCGUGCCCAGAACCAGGUGUUGAAGAAGGCAGUUGUCGAUGAGCAGGCCAACUCUGCAUCGCUCAAAGAGCAACUGAAACAGAGGGAUCAGAGCCUUAGGAAGCAGGAGCAGGAGAUGGACAGCCUCAGCUUUCGAAACCAGCAGCUGGCGAAGAGGGUGGAGCUUCUUCAAGAGGAGCUGGCUGCUAGUGAAGCAAAGGGCAAAAGGGGAAAGAAUAAAGGAGAUUCUCCUUCACACCAUGGUGUGCGGACACAAAGUGUUUUUGACGAGGACCUGCAGAAAAAGAUUGAAGAAAAUGAGAGGCUUCACAUUCAGUUUUACGAGGCAGAUGAGCAGCAUAAGAGACAGGAGGCUGAGAUGAAGACACGUCUCGAGGAGUUGGAGCGAGAAUCUCAACACCACCAGACUGUCGUGGAUGGACUCACUACAAAGUACACAGAAACCAUUGAGAGGCUGCAGAGUGACAAGGCGCGAUUGGAGGUUAAAACACAGACUCUGGAGAGGGAGAGAAAAGAUUGCAGAUUGAGAACAGAGGAGUGUCAGCAGCAGUUAAGACGAUGCCAGUCAGAACUGAACAGACAACUGAAACAAAGCAGCAGCGUCAUCCAGGAGAAAGUGCCCUUUAACGACACCAAAUUUAGUGACUACAACAGUCUAAAUGUGCCGGCACACAAUCGAAGACAUCAGCUCAAAGCCCGGGAUGUGGCAGGCCAAGCCUUGAGCUUCAUUCAGGACCUGGUAGCUGGUCUGCUGAAUUUCCAUUCUUACACUGAGCAGAGAGUCCACAUUUAUCCGCUGGACUCUUCUAUUGAGUCCAUUUCCCCUUUGAAUCAAAAGUUUUCUCAGUAUCUGCAUGAGAAUGCAGUGUAUGUCCGCCCCCUGGAGGACAGUUUUCUGCAGUUACACCAAAGUAUCACAGAGGACACGGUCACAGUUCUGGAGACUGUGGACAAGCUGAAGAACUUCAGUGACAUUUUCUCCACAUAUACCCGCUUCCUACAAAAGCUGCUCCCUUAUCAACUAAAAAGUCUAGAGGAGGAGUGCCAGACACCACUUUGCACUGCUGCCCUUACAGUAAAGAACCGGGAACUACAGAAUGAUGUGAAGAGAGUGACUUUAGUGUUUGACAAGCUACAGAACUACAUUAACCUGUUGACCUUUCCCAGCGUUCGCCAGGAUGGAAUGCCACAAAGUAGCACCUCCGCCGUCUUCACCCAACUAGCGGCUUGCCUGCAUAGUCUUCAUGAUGUUGUUAAAGAAAUGUCCAAGCACUACAACCAGAAGGCCAGCUUAGAGCAGGAGCUCCCCACCACCACACAGAAACUCUUCACCACUACAGAAUGUCUGCUAGGCUCCCUCGGCUCACUGACCAACAGCACAAGCAAGCUUGCCACAUUCUUCAGCAACAACUUGGAUUUCUUCACGUCAUCGGGCUACAGUCCCAGAGGAAACACAGGAGCUUUUAACCCUGUACAAGCCGAGAUUAUGCUUUCCAACAAAAAGAAAGCAGCUGCUUACAUUAGUGCACUCAAAAAGCCCCGGCCACAGUCCGUUCCAUACAGGGAAGCUCUGUCCAAUCGCCGGAUACUCACAAGCUCCACUGAGAGUAGAGAAGGUCUCACUCAACAGGUGCAGCAGGGUCAGGAAAAGAUUGCACGUCUUGAGCAGGAAAAAGAACACUGGCUCCUGGAAGCUCAGCUUGGGAAAGUGCGGCUUGAAAAGGAGAAUCAGCGUAUUUCAGACCUGGAAGCACAGCUCGCUAUGGCUCUUGGGGAAGGUCAGAUCUCGCAGAUGUCUGCAGUCAGCUCAGUGACACAGAACCACGAGGAAGUGGAGUCGUCUCAGCAAACUGCUGCAAAAGAAACUAUGUGCACCAGCCUGGUUGGCAUGUUGUGCACCGUGCCCUUAGCUGAGCAUGUGGGAGACGAGGAGUCCAGGGAGCAGUUGAUAAAGACUCACUACAUGACCAGAGUGGGAGAACUCACCACUCAGCUCCAGGUGUCAGACAGCAAAGCAGUGCACUUCCACUCUGAGUGUCGCGCUUUGGCCAGAAGAUUAGCCAUUGCAGAGAAAUCACGUGAAACUGUUGUCGAGGAGAUGAAACGUGCCAAUCGAAACAUCACGCACUUGCAGGAUGAAUUGAGCACAACCAAGAGGAGCUAUGAGGAUCAGCUGAGCAUGAUGAGUGACCAUUUGUGUAGUAUGAACGAGACGUUAAGCAAACAGAGAGAAGAGAUCGACACACUUAAACUGGGCAGCAAGGUACACUACGGACCAUUCUUUCUCUUUUCGAUUUUCUUCAAUAAUUGAAACUCUUAGAACAUGGGUGCCAUUCAGAUCAGGCCUCAUCCAAUGUGGCCACCUGGGUAAGUUUUUGUCUGCCGCCACUCCCCAUUGGUAAUUUAAAGAGAAAUUGAAGAGCAUUUAUUUUAGUUAUCUUUAUUUUAUCAGAUAACAUCUCUUUGAUUAAUAAAUAUACCAAAUUAAAUGUGAAAUAAUUUGUUAUGAUUUAAAAGAAAACUUAAUAGAAACAUAUUGCCAACUAUGCAUGUAUAAUGUCCGGGGCUCCAGACGCUCCCUAAAUUGUCGCAUUUCGCCCAUAAAAUUUGCGACAUAUUGUAAAUCUGCUCACUAUUGUGUGACCUGUAAAUUCCCUUUUAAAUUAGUAUGAUUAAAUCAUUUUUGGUUGCUGAUGAGCUAUUUUGCCACUGUUAACACUCAAUAUGGCGAACAUGAGCAGAAUGAUUUCACGUUUACUUAUGACAAGUAGCCCAAUAAUAAAGGAGUCAAUCGCUCUAAUCAUUGUCAAAGUCGCCCGUUGAGACUGUACAUUGCAAAAGCAGUCAUAGCCACACACUAACAAUAAUUUACUUCAUUGGUGAGUAACAGGAGUGCUAAAUAUCCCUUUUAGGAUUUUGUUGACAUUUCCACGUACAAAGGUUAAUUUUCUUUGAAAGCAGUACCUACCAUUCAUUAAAUGUUCGGUAAGAUUUGAGUUGUUAUAAAUUAAUCCCAAAGGGAAUCUGUUUCAUGUUGCAUUGAGCAUUUGAAAUGUUUUAUUAAAAGCUAAUAAGGGUUGUGUUUAAAGGGCCAUUUCAGAGUUUUUUUUAUAUUUCUAUUGUGAUUGGAGGGAGGGGGUUGUAUUGAAAGGUGUUGGGCUGAUCAAUCAAUUUGUAGUAAUAUUAGUUGGCAAUUGCUCUACGCUAACUUUUGUAUUUCAAGAGUUAAUAGUAAAAACUAGUUUUACUAUAUUUUACAUUGAAGAGGAUUUUUUUGGGGGGGGGUAAUCUGAGCCAGCUCGGCUGAUGAUCCGGUGUAAAAGACAAUUGAAAACUCCAAGGAGUGCGGAAACUCAAGCGUCUCUCGAGACAUUAAGUUAUGUUUUCAGCCUCUGGGACGUGACAUUGUAAAGAUUCUGCCAGUUACAUUAUGGACACGGAGGUCAGUGGAAGCAGUGUGCUUACUGCACAGUCUGAUGGGAAACACACCUGCUGGCACCAUUUGAAAAAGUCAUUAGGUCUAAGUUGAAGAGGUCCGCUAUUGGGUGUGUGAGUGUUUGCAUGCUCUGGCCUGCUUAAGAACAGGUUGCCAAAUGGCAGGACAGAACAUGUGUGUGAUCUGUAGGUGGUGGUUUUCUCUUCAAGGACAGAAACCAGACCCGGCAUGUUUCUAGAUUCUUAAAGGAAUGCAAAGUAAACCUGAGUCAUUAAAUUGUUAUAAUCAUAAAUCUGAUCCAAAUUGGUGUGUUUUACUUUUACUUCUCCGUUCAGCAUUCUGAAAUCAGCCUGAAGUGAGUUUUUUUUUUUUUUUUAAAUCUACCUGUAUAUAUCUUCUACAGACAAACGCCAAGAAGAACAAAGGCCGCUAGCGGUUCCCUUCCCAAAAGUAAUGGCAUCAUGAGAGCAUUUUGAAGAGACUAUGGAGCCUCCCAAAAUCAGCCCCCCUCAACACACACCCACACUGUACCCAAUACCAGAUCACAAGCAAAGCUUCAGAGGCCUUUUCUUUCCUCCAGACAUAGCACCACAUAUUUUGUGCUGGAAUCUGUUUGACCUUUUUGGCCAGAGCAGAAUAGGGCCUUCCAAUUGGAACACAGGAAAUGAAUAAAUUUGCUGACAUGAAGACCAAACCCUGUAAAUCAAUCAGCCUUUCUGUUUUUCCUGGUUGUGUGUAUGUAUGGGAAAACGAUACUGUUUUUGCUGCGUAUUGAACACAAAAUGUGAGAGUGGCUCUUUUUACAUGCACAUAUAGUUUCAUGCCUUUAUUAUAUAACCCUUCGAACACUGCAUAUGCUAAGAAGGGCUUCCAAAGAUCAACCAACAAAUUAACACUUGAAUCCAUACCUUAUUCUGGAGAGUCCUUGCAGAUGUCUGUUAAGAACCUCUGACUGAUAAACUGUUUACAUGGAAGAAAUGGACAACUUGUAGCUGGUAAAGCGUCCCGUAUGAGGGUGCGAUCUUACUUUACAACAGUAGUUAACUUUUUUUUAAGUGUGGAUAUAACCUCCUGUUGGGAUGUUGCAGCCUCAAAAUGUAUUGUAUCUUGCAAUUUUUGUAAGCAUACAUUUAUUAAAUGCAUUGAAAUAAUAGUAAUUGUAUGUUUCAAUCUUAAAAAUGCACCUAAACGGAAAAUAACAUGUAUUCAUUACUGAACGUGCAAAUGUUUCACAAAAUAUGAAGUCUCUACUUAUUUUAGGUGUGUCUCAAAGUUUGUAUUAUGGGAUACGUCGUUGCCUGGACUCAAAUUGUUGCUUAGACAAGCUGGUUCAUGCAGCGUGCAUUUGUGCAGCUGCACUUUCAGUUCUGGCUUGUUGUGACAUGAUGAUGUAAGGCACAGUAGCCUCUCAGUGGUUGCUUGCUGGUCUUCACUUGGGUCACAUGGAUUUGUCAACUGUUUUCACACGAUGGAAAGUACUGUAUUUGUAUCCUAACAGUGUAACGUUCUCAAAAGCCCACAAUGUGUGUGUGAAUCAGAAUAAAGAGGAUGUUGUCAUUAGAA